UAGCGAGAUGCAGCGAUGCGGUGAGCUGAUAUCCACUUGGCAAGGUACAGGUCGGGAACGCUUCCCAGUGCAGACAUGAACAUGGAGAGCACGACCCGCUUGGGCGCCCAUGGUGGCGAUUGGAUGGAAGCAUGCCCGAGCCCAUGUGUUCGGAUCCGCGGGUAGCCACGCAUGGACUCCACACCCUGUGCUUGGCAGCAGCGCAGGCUGGGUGUCAAGCCACCAAAAUUUCUGCUGGCCUCGGUCCCACGGCGCUUUUGAGAGACCCAUGGGCGGGCAGCUGCCGGUCAGUAGUGCCGGAGACAUGGCAAUGGCAGAGCGCACGACAUGCUGAUGUUGCGCGUCGUAGCCGAGGAUCCAUGGGCUGCUGCUCCUUAGUCGGCUCAAGUGUAGUUGUAUUUGGCAUUCGACGUUUCAGCGUUGCGACUAGUCUGCCCAUCCAGGGAAACUCUAGCAAUCUUUGUAGCGUAUGUGGGGCAACCCUGCUGUCAUCUUGUCUUCGUCUCGCGCAAACGCGCAUCACACGGGCUGCAGACGGCUGCGGUCAUCGGAAGUCGGGAAAGCUCGGGAGAAUUGCAUUGCCAGGAUCGGUCCCAAUCAGACGUUCGGAGAAGCUGAAGCGAGAAGCCAAACGAAAAAAAGACGACCCCAACGCUCUCACAUCCCGCGACCCCAAUGGAGAGGUCGCGGAAUGUUCCAUUGCUCAUUUCCCGUCUUCUGAGAAGCUUCCACGCCAUUAGCAGAUCCACCUCUUCACCGUCUGGUCGACUCUAGCCUCUCCAGGGUCGUUCGCUAGCUGCACACGCAGUUUGAUAGCGUGCCAUUGUAGUUUCAUUGGUGGCGCGGAUGGGCAGUUGAAAGCGGAUUUGAUCCAAUUGUCCAAAUGUGGGCCUUGCCGUGUCGCUGUUUCAUUGUGUUUUAUGCUAUCGUCAGGCUUGGGAAGUAGCUGCACGGUGCGCAACAAUGCCGUGAACCUAUAGGUUGCCUUGACCUAGCGCAAAGGCCGCAGGAUCGUGGCAUGGUCGUCCCUAGCAAUUCCCGCAAGAUCGUG